AUGGCGACUUUAGCCGCCUCACCGCCAUCGUCACCAUCCUGGCCUAAACGACGUCCUCGGGCUUGGGCGCUCCGAUGUGAACGCUACUGCUGCGCGGCGGCGUCUUUUUUCCCACUAGCAUUCGUCUACGGUUUGACAACAUGGGCAGUCUAUGUUGAAGCCAGUAUUGGUCUACGGCCGUCGCAAAAUUCUUGGAUCGGCUUACCGACUUCGAUUAUCGGCAUUGCCCUCUAUAUUUGUCUUAACGCCUCGUAUAGCGUUGCGGUAUUCACCGACCCCGGCUCACCACUGUCGGCCAACAGUCGACAUGAAUACAGCGCUCUGCCGGUUACGGAACUGCCGGAGUUCACUUCAUACACCGUGAAUUCCAUGGGAGGGUCCCGGUUCUGCAAAAAAUGUCAGUGUCCUAAACCGGAUCGAGCGCAUCACUGUUCGACGUGUAAACGAUGUGUUUUGAAGAUGGAUCAUCAUUGCCCGUGGCUGGCGACGUGUGUUGGGCUGCAUAACUACAAGGCCUUUCUCCUGUUUCUUAUUUACACAUCGAUAUUCUGCUGGGUUGACUUCGCGGUGGCAUCGAGUUGGAUAUGGACCGAGGUGCUAAAUGAUACGCGGUAUAUGGACACCAUAUUGCCCGUGAAUGUGGUGUUGUUGGCCAUACUCGGAGGGAUUAUUGGACUGGUGCUGUCGGGUUUUACCGUUUGGCACAUUAGUCUCGCCGUGCGUAACCUGACCACGAUUGAGUGUUUAGAAAAGACGCGCUAUGUAUCUCCGUUGCGGAAAGCGCUGGAUCGUCGCCGCUACGAAAACAUACUGGGUAACAGUCACAAUGGCCAAGAAAACGUCGAGCCAGAAAGCCUGGGGCAUCGGCUUCAGGACUAUGGUAAUCAGAUCUUGGACGCUCAUGCAAAUGCGAUCCCCGGCGUCACCCGGCCGGAGGAGGGAGAGGAGUCCCUGCCUGCGUACUCUCAAUCGGGUCCCGGGGGCACUCCCGCCCAACAGGCCCUGUCGCGAUCCUAUGCAGAGUUGGAGAGGCAGCGCGAGCGUGAUCGAUACCAUAGCUAUCUUGACGAAGAGGAUAACGAGAAGAUGCCGAACGCUUUUGAUCACGGAUGGCGUCGGAAUCUCUUACACUUAUUUGGCGAACGGCCACUUCUCUGGCCAAUUCCUGUUCACACUACUACUGGUGACGGUUGGCAUUGGGAGCCCAGCUCGAAAUUUCUGGAAGCGCAAGACAAGGUGCGACAGAGACGCGAGCAGGAGGCGAGUGAUGAACAACAAUACUAUCGGGAUCUUUACCAGCGUAACAUGCACAACAGUCGGAGCUGGCUUGGGACGGACGCAACACCGUCGAUGUACAUACCUCACCAGCCGUCAAACGUCUAUCAGGAGACCGAGCGCCCUGCGACGGGUGUAUCGAUGAAGACCCUGGCACCGAUGUCGCCGCGCCCAAGACCGGGAGACAGUGAUUUUGAAGAUGCCGAGGAGAUCCAUGAUUUACUCCAAAAUCGGAAUGAUCAGUUAAGUGCAUCGCGAAAGCCUGGGGUGCCCACCCAGCGACAUGCACAAUCGGACGAAUGGAGAGAUUGGGAUUAG